AUGCCAACAGUGGGAGGCAGUGACAGCUACAGGGCUGUUCCCAGUGACCUCCAGGACUGCAGUGUGUUUCCUAGCAUUGCACAUGGAUCCUAUGAAGAUGUGAGUUCACUUUUAUCCUUUACUACUGUGGUGCAGUAUAAAUGUGAUGAAGGAUAUAUUCUAGUUGGAGAAGAAAAAAUCACCUGCAGAAAUUCACAUUGGUCAUCUCCAGGGCCUCAGUGUAAAGUUUUGUGUCUGAAACCAUAGGUAGAAGAUGGAACUUUUUCUGUGGACAAGGAUCAGUAUGUUCAGCCUGAAAACUGUCCAUGUGACUCUGGCUUAUGUAUGGUCGCCUCUCCAAAUAUCAUCUGCUCAGAGAAUGGGACGUGGUACCCAGAAGUGCCCAAGUGUGAGUGGGAAGUUCGCAUGGGCUGUGAGCAAGUGCUCAUAGGCAGGAAACUCAUGCAGUGUCUCCCAAGUCCUGAGGAUGUAAAAGUGGCCCUGGAGGUAUAUAAACUGUCUCUGGAGGUUGAAGGACUGGAUUGCGCUCGUCAAGCACCUGGCCUCCUGAGCAGCCCGGACCUGGGAAAGGCACAAGACACAUGCCCGGCUCAGCCUGUGUCCUGGCAGAGCGCCCGGGAACCCAAGCGGCUUAGACCUGGGGAGGGCAUGGAGCGCAGGGCCCACCUGGGACGGUGCCCUUGCAGAGCAGCCUGGAGCCUGAGCAGUCUAGACCUGUAA